AUGGAUACUUCUCAGACUGUCGCCACCUGGCUUUCUCUGGCUGCCACAGUGAUUGGAUUGGGCUCCAUUGUCACUCAAUUCAGAAGUUUUAUCGAUGAGACAGACCCUUUCUAUUCCCUUCGUGAUGCUCGUCAUUUGGGCAGAUGGAAACUUCGCCAGCUCCAAAUUCCAUGGUAUCGCAUUAUUAAACCACCCCCUAUCGGCCCUAUAAUCACUGCCAGCCUUCCGGAUGGAUUAUGUGGAAGGCGGACAGUAUUUGUUAGUCGCCUGCCACUGGGCGAACCCUCUGGGAGGGCUGCAUGGUCGCUCGUCCUUUCAGUUAUUCACGCCUCUCCUGGAUUUGUGGAACAGUUGCAGCAGCCACGUUUCGAAGUAACCUCCGAAAAAGACAUUGGCACUGUUUCCCACUGCACCACUAUCGGGGUCGAGCCUAUGUCUAUUUUCUCCGACAGCACCUGGGAUAACCUCCCUCUCCAAACUUUGGUUAAGCACAAGCUCACCACCUGCACUUGGCGUGUGGAGUGGCCCCUUGGUGAGAUUGCGCGUGUUCAUUUUGGUGCACAUGACUCCCAUUCAUUCUCCAAAGACGUUUAUCCUUUGAAGUUUGAAAGAAGAGUGGAUAAGUGUUUGCAAAUGUUAGCUGGAGUGGUAGAUGCUGCGGCACCCAUCUCCUUCAAAUGUGCCUUCCCCGAACGGAAGCCUGGAGGGAGCUGGAUCUUGAGAUACACGAUUCGCGGGUUUGGUGGUGCACAUGGGGGAAGGCACCUCUACAAUAUGAUAGGUGGCGAUGUGAAGAAGGUAGACUUUCUCUUCAUGAAAGCGAUAAGUGCGGAUCCUGAGGAAUUGAGGGAUACCACGAUGCUUUAUCUUCCUAGUAGCCAGGGCCACCACGAUGGUGUGAUUUUAUAUGUCCCCGAAAACGAGUCUACUAUUCUUAAUAAAGCAUUGGAUUUUCUGCCUUGGACACUCCUUUCUUGGUCGAUCCAUCGUGGCUUGCGUGAUAUUCUUACUGCGUUUGCAAAAAAGAGAAUGGACUUACACCGAGGUCAUUUAGCAGAUACUCUUCGCGCUGUCGUCGCCAAAUAUCCGGAAAGGCUUGAAGCUAGGGGAUGGGAUUCUCAGUUUGUCAGGGAAGAAAUGGCAGACAUGGCCGCAGGUGCAGUGGCUGCGGGCAGUGGAAACUCUGGGGAUAUGGUCCGAAUUGUGACCGACAUAGCACUGGUUAUGUGGGACGGGUCGACCGCAGAGCUUGACAGAACUUCUUUUUGGGGAUACCCAACGUCUACACAUUCAUCGCCUGUCCUUACUUCCAUGGCUGUUGUCGCCCUCAUCAAGUGCUUCGUUCUCAAAUGGAGCAAUGAUCUGGAUUAUCAGAUGUACCAUAAUCUACCACUGGAGCUGUAUCUAGGGUAG